CAAUUUAUGCUGAAUGAAAGUCCCGAGUCAAAAUUGGUUAACAAUUUCAUUGAAAAAUAUAAGAAUAAAAAUGUUCCUAUAUAUUUUUGGCACAAAACUGAAACUAAUAAUGCUAUCGAAUCGGCGACCAUCAUUCAUAAGCAAGUAGAUCUUAAUAUUAACAACAACAAUCCUUGUUUGGAAAUCGCCUACAUAGUGGAUCGACCAAUACAAAUGAAAAUCUGGUUGCAAAUUAAUCAUCAUACAAAUCCUAACAAAUCGCAACUAUACAAUUUACAUGAAUAUCAACAAUCCAAUCAUAAUGAGAUAAUUCGAUUCUGUCCAACUGAUUUCUACGAAUAGAUCAUUUAACUAAACCUAAAGGACAGCUUUACAUUCAAUUGCAUGACAAUGUCAAGUCGGAAAACUUAGUGUUCAUAGCUGUGACGAAUGAACAGGAAUCGAACGAAAGAAAAACAAGUGAUAGCAGUUUGCCUGAACCAUUUUUCUUUCCGUUGACCUUAAAGGAUAACAAUGAAUAUCCAGUAUGGUCAAAAUCAAUUAUUCCGAAACCUGGCAAAGAAGUUAAAAGAGAUGGUGCAAAUUUGAUCAUGAACAAUUUAAAAUCAGCCACCAUAUAUUUUGUGUCGACCGCAUGGUUAUUCUAUGAAGACAAACAUUUACUGACCUCACGGCCAUUAAUACUAUCCUUAAGCUCUCAAGUAAAAGAAAUUCGAGCUAAACUCUGCGACGUGACAAGUUUAUGUAUACAAUCAAUGCAGAAAUCAUCAAUUUCCAUCGAAAAUUCAUUUCAAUAUUCAUUCCAAUUCGAACCACAUCCAAAUAGCAAGACUAGCCAUUUAAAUUUGCAAAUCGAAUUUAUCACUGAUACUUCCGCGGAUUUGACAAUCAAAAUGAUAAGUUUUGGCAAUCCAUGUCAACCUAAUCCAAUUUGUGUGGGUAAUAGCAAAUGCGAUGAAUUAAGUGAAUAUGUUCGAGCCAAUGACGUGGAAAGUGCCUGUUCUUGCAUUGAUGGUUGGUGGGGUGAUGAUUGUAAUCAAGUGGACCAUUGUUUCAAAUUAACAUGGGACUCUAAAACGAUGAGAUGUAUUAAUUUUGCAAAUGAAGCUGAAAUUCAAUGUGAUAACAAAUCACCCGAUCAAAUUAUUAUCUAUAAUAGCACCGAAAAAAAAUGUUCCCAACAAAAUCCAGAAGAACAGGAUGGCAAGAAAUUUAUUCUGCCCGACACGUCUCUCAUUGAUAUCCGGUUGUAUGACAUUUGUGUUUCGAUUCAAAACGCUGCCACAAACAAGACUGAGUCAGUUCCACUUCUUAAAUUGAAAUUUCAAUUAGAUAAACAAGUUUUGCUCGACGCUGAUUAUUUGGAUGGAAGUCAAUCUUAUAAUUUGUGUCUGAGUCAUUAUCUCAAUCUGACCGCUUUGGAUUGGAAUUACAAUGGAAAAUUGUUUCUUCAUCUACAAAAUACUGAUAACGAAACGGUAACGGCCAAAGUCGCAUUUUAUAAUCCUCCACUAAAUUGGGAACCGUCCAUACGCAGCAUUAAUAAAAUGGAAAAUGUGCAUUCAAUUGGAGCUGUCAUUGAAUCCUUUAAUAUUACUGAUAGAAGCAUUCAAUUCAAGUCCGAAACUGAAAAACAGGUAAUUUUAAUCACUCAAUGGUUCGAAAAUCCAUAUAGCAUAUUGGGUGAACAAGAAACUGAUCAAAAAAUUCGAAUUAAAUUUGGAAAACCAGAUCGACAGCAAGUAUGUUUUGCAAAGGUUAACAAAGAUUGCUCUGGAUUUGAUAAUCGAGAAGCAUUAAUCAGGCUAUUGAAAGAUAAUUCCGACUAUGGUUUCCAUUUUGAAUUGUUCUAUGACAGUGGUAUUAAUAAAACCAAUCCUUUUGAAGUUUCCAUCUUGGAUCCUUGUUGGCAUGACUGUAGUGGCUACGGUGAAUGUACAGCUAAUGGAUUCAAAAAUUAUCGAUGUAAUUGUGACGAUGGUCAUUAUGGGGAUAAAUGUCAGCUAACCAAAUGUAAGGAUGAUCAGGUUAAACAAUGUCAUGAAAAAAUUGAUAAAGAAUCAAAAUGUGUACCUAUCACUGAAGAAAAAUUUGAAUGUGAAUGUCCGGUUGGUUAUCAAUUUGAUCAAAAAACAGUCAGUUGUAGACGAGCGAUCAUUCAACGUAAAGAUAAGAUUUGUGGUACCAUGAUUAAUGGAACUAGUCCACAAUGUUUCCUACAAAAUCUUGCACAAAACAUGAAAUAUCUACCAAGUAAUUUUCCACGAAUCGACCAAUCUCUAUUUAAAUCUGGUCAACCGCCCGUAUACUACACGGCUAAAUCGGGUAGCCGCAUACAAAUUGAAGAGAUUAGCCUACCAAACAAUUUGAAUGAUGAAGAUAUUUGUCUUCAUUUUCGAUAUUUUUUGGCUGGCCAAAAUGCUCGAUUAAACCUUACAAUGAUAGCAAAUGAUGGCGAUGAACAAAAUCUCUUUCAAAUUGUUGGCAUAAAAAUGUUAGCAAAAACUAAAGAAAUUGCUCAUGAUGAUCAAAAAAUGCUGUCUUUGUCUAGUGACAAUAUGGAAAAGCUUUGUAUUAAAGAAAUGAUUGGUAGACAACAAAUAGAACAAUUAAAAUCUAUGACCUUAGUGGCAACAUUGAACGAUCAUUUGAAUGAUCUCACUUUGAUACAAAUAUCUGGAAUUCAUACGCAGCCUAUUGGACAACGAAUAUCUGACGAACCUUGGCCAUACAUAAGUCGAACGAAAUCUGGUCUGAAACAGUGGAAAAACGCUAAUAUCAAUAGUGAUAGUGAUUUUUGGCCAUUACAAUUUCCUAAUGGACGUUGGAAAAAUGAAAAACCUGAUUCUGAAAAUGAAACAUCAAUCAUAUCAUUAUCACCGCUACAUUCACAAACCACUGGAUUUGCUCAACUUGAAACCCAGUUGCUAAGGCGAACCAUUAAUGAAAGAACAGUCAUGGCCUUCAAGCUAAAUUCUAAGACACCAAAUUAUUUGAAACGUGUACACAUUGAAUUAUACGAUCAACAUCGUCAACCAUUGUACAAUAUGGGUACAUAUCAUGUAUUCGGCAAAGAAGAUUCCGAAGAUCACAAAGACGAGCAUGAUAUGAUCGUAUUGGGUGAAAAAAAAGUGAUCAAUGUGCCAAAAUUAAACAUCAACAAUGAAACUCUCUAUAAAGUAGUCAUUCAAUUUUAUUUCGAUGAUCCUGUUCAUCAAAAUUCACAAGUAAAAAGGUCAUCUCUCUUCGAUGUGAUGGAUUUUACAUUCGGUGAUCCAUGCGUUAGAAACGACGGUGAAGAUCAGAUUUGUUACAACUUGGAAGCAAUAGAAGACCCGAACAUUAAAUGUUUUCGAAACGUUUCAAUAGAUCGUACAGAAAUUGAUUAUCAAUGUGAUUGUGACUUCAAAAAUGGUGCCAAAGGGCGUAAUUGCUUUGAAAAGAAUUAUUGUUUGUAUCGACAUAUAAAAAUAAAAAGCGAAUCUCAAAAUAUAACUGGCGAACAAUAUUGUAAAAAUGAUGACGCCGAAUGUUAUGAAGGUCGAUUUCAAAAUUUUCAAUUUUUAUGCACAUGCAAAAAUGAAUCGCUUUGGUUUAAGAUGGAUGACAGGAAAUGUCGCCCAGUUCAACCAUGUCUGCUUGAUAUGCCUGGCCAAUUAGACCGACGCCAAUGUCGUGAUAAUGAAAAUAGAAAAUGUGACUGUAAUUGUAAAAUUGGUUAUGAACCAGAUCCAAAUGACCCAGAGAAUCAAUGUGUGGUCAGUAAUAACGACGAAUGUAGUUCAGAUGCUUGUCCUGAUAAACAAAUGUUAUGUGUCAAACAUGGCUCAAGUCAAUUAUGUAAAUGCCCUCAAGGUUUUAAAUUUGAUGGAUUAGAAUGUAAACCGGAUUUAUGCCUAUUUCCUUCGAUGAAUCCUUGUCAACAAAAAUGUACAUCUAUAGACAAAGAGCCAUUCUUUCGUUGUGAAUGUAACAAAGAAUAUUAUGAGACCGAAGACAAGAUCGAUCCAGUAACCAAUAUUACGUAUACUGGGUGCAAAUUGCGGAAUAAUGUGCCUAAGUUAUGUGAAAAAUGUACUGGCGCUAAUCAACUUUGCAAUGAUGGUCAAUGUCAAUGUAGGAAAGGAUUCGAACCAAAGCGAUCAUCGGAUGGCCAGAUGGAAUGCAUCAUCAAAGACCUUAAGAUGGCUUGUCCACUAAAUAAGCUGCGUAUCGAUUCAUUGACUAAUCGUACGUUCUGCGAUUGUACGCACAAAGAUCUAACCGAUUGGUGGCAACAAUCUAACGAUGGUUCAUGUACAUUGGUCAAAACCGCUUGCGAUGAAAAUGAAAAAGGAGAUCAAACAUGUCGCCGAUAUGGAGCAUUGUGCAUACUCGAUUCAGAACGUCCAGAUAAUUUUGAAUGCUUAUGUCCACAAGGAUAUAUGUUUUCUGACAAGACUCAAUCGAAAAAGAUAGUUCGUGAUCGAUGGCAAAAAUGUUAUCCAGUUUGUGAGCUGCCGUAUUAUGAACAAAUUUGUUCAGCAAUUGGUGGUCGUUGUAAUCCGAGUAAAUUAUGGAAAUAUCUAGAUAAGCUCAAACAAUCAUGAAAAAUGUCAACGGAAUAUUGUGAUUGUAUACCGGGUUUGUUUCGUCGAAGUAAUCGUGAUGGCGAUGUCUGUCAACAAGUAGUUGAUGCCACCGCUUAUCAUAUGAAACAUAAAUGGACGGUUCAAUUACAGAGUGAAUUCGAAUCUCGUAUUGCCAGUUUGAGUAAAUUGCUAGGAAAUUCUUUCAAUUAUUCAACGAUACGAGAAACAUCUAUCAACAAAAACAGGCUGGAUUACAUUGAUCCAAUCAAUUGGGCUAAAGCACAGAUUCGUUCAUUGAAAAUGAAUGAAGAACGUAAUCGUGAUAAUCAACAAAAAUGGAAUGCCUUGAUAAGACAACAAGUUUUACGUGAUCAUAUGCGGAUUAUGAUGGAAAAUUUUAAAGUUGUUGAAGAAAAAUAUCAGUUGGAUUUGGUCGGUAUGGAUCCUGUAGAAACCGACGUUCCAGACAAUCAUGAUCAAUAUCAGGUGAUAGUCUAUAUUCGUGAUCGAAAUGCAGACAAAAAGAUCAAAUAUUUCAAACACGGUGAAUGGUGUCUCGUUCCAUACUUACAAAUGGCAUUUGAAACUCAACCAAUGUCAUUUGAUCCAUGUAGUCAAGUAGAUGUCUGUCAAGGAAUGUCCGAUUGUCUGAAUAAUAGUAAAUCUAAUGGAUACUUUUCCUGUGAAUGUAAUCAAGACUAUUUUGUAGUUGAAAAAUCGUACAUAUUUAAGACAAAUAAUGAUUUGAUCACCAGUAAGAAUGAACGUUGCUUGAGCCGUGAAUUAUGCGGUAACUGUACAGGCGAUAAUCAACAAUGUUUCGAAAUGGAUCCAGUUCGAAGAAAAGAUGAUAAAAGUAAAUGGGAAAAAAGUCGCUUAUGUGGAUGUCAACCGGGAUAUCGACGUGAUUCAGAACAGGAACCUUGUGUCAAUGUUUGUCAACCGGAUACAUGUGCUUCAGGUGGUGAAUGUGUACCAGUUGGCGAUGAUGGUUAUAAAUGCCGAUGUGAUAGCGAACAUUAUGGAGAAAGAUGUGAGAAUGAAUUCGGUUCAAAUGUUGGAUGGAUCGUCGCUAUCGUCAUACUCUCAUUGGUCAUCGUAGCGGCAUUCGCCAGUCUAGCAUAUGUAUUACUUUUUAGGAACAAGUCAACAGAUAAAGCUGAUUCGUAUUCAUCCUCAUCAUCACCAUCAUCAGAAACAUUAGAAUUUCGUCCGCAGACUGUUAACAUAAAAAUCACCGAGGCCACCGAUUCCAAUGACAAUGACAAUGGACCAUCGUUUGAUCAAUACAGCAAAGAGCCGACGAUAAAGACGGUCCAUUUGCAAGAAUCAUCAUUAAAUCGAUCCAAACACGGAAUGGCCUUAAUCGUUCGCAAUCGCGGCUCUUAUAAUAUAACACAACCAUCAUGAUUAAAUCUUUUGUUUUAUUUUGUAAUCUUGUUAUUAAAUUGAAGAGUUGUUGACAUUAAAACAUCUUUUAAAUAUCAU